UUACCUCUGUCAACAGAACAGCUGUAGCUGGUGACUGUUCCAUGUGUUCUGCCCAGUUGCUGUUUGAGAAGAUUCAAUCUGUUGCGAUGGAGCCUUGCAAUUCAAGCACCGCCAUAAUACCUUGCCGAGUAACCAAUCUAAAACUGAACAAUACUAAAGUAAUGUUUGUGAAAUGGAAAGUACAAGGGAAAGAAUUUUUUACGUAUGAUGGAGUUGAAGAUAAGUAUGCCAGAAACACUACUUUUCAGUCAGCAAAUUUACUGAAUCUGACACAGCUACCCUAUGGUAUUGCUUCAAUUGUACUAUCAAGAAAGGAAGCAAUUUCAGGAAACUAUACUUGUGAAGUAGCAGAAUCAAAUAGAGAAGGAGACACUGUAGUCGAACUUAUAUAUAAAUCAGCUUCAUGGUUCAGCUCUCCGGAAAGCUCCUUCAUCAUUGCCACCGUGAUAGUUGCAGUUUUUUUGUAUUGGUUCCAGUUGGCUGCAGUUGCUGUAAAGUUUGACAUGACACUUCAAAAGAAGAGUGAAUUAAUUCUUAUGGGAGUAAUAGUCUCCGCUUUUGCUGUGAUUGGCGUUAUUCUUUUUGUUCCAGCUGGAUAUGAAUCUUCAAAUCAAGCUGGGCUUGGCUUAAUUGUAGUGCCUGCUGUUGUAUUAGUGCCCCUCCUCUACUUUCUGUUCACCUCAGUUUUUGAGAAGCAGCCUCUCUUUGCAAUUCUUCUGCUAGUUGUGAAAGCAAUUGGAUAUUUAAUUGCUGUUAUUGGGUUUUUUCUGUCUGUGUCAGCAUGCCCUCCAAGACAAGGUUCUGUCGUGAUUGCAGGCUUAGCGAUUAUUGAUAUUGUAGCAGUAAUUGGCUUAAUUUAUCUCCUUGUUAUUGGUGGUUCCAGCUUGAAAGAUCAUCAGCCUCCAAGGAUUCAACUGGAAAGCAGUUGCAGUUCAUUUAUCCACACAUUAAGAGUUGUUGGGGAUACCUGAAAGCAGGUGAUGUGAAGUAACUGGAUCUGAUGUGGACAUGGAGACAAGUGGAGAGAGACUUUUGUUGAUACACCGUGGCCUUGAUGAUGCACUAUUAAAAGAAAAACAAAAAUCAGGAAAUUAAUUGUUUUGCAUGUGUGGAAAAGUGCUGUAAUUACUUACAUGAUGUAACUUUAUACUCACAGCAGCUGUAGUAAGUUCCAAAAGAGAAGUGGGUGUAUGCACGCAAGUUUUUCUUUUUUCUUUUUCUUUCAAGGGUGGAUGAGGGCAAGAAAACAAAAGACUCUUUUAUACCCACUGUAAUGUGUCUCUUCAGUGCUGCACUUCUCAGAAUGAUUGAACUGAACUCUCACUUUGCAUAAAGACCAAAUUUCAUGAAGGACUAAUUUUGGACACCAUAAUAUUGGCAUGGUAGCUGCCUUCUUCUCUGGACCAAUUUUUGGGUUGCUGUGCAGCAACUACUUACAUGGAGCGGUACCUUCAUGAUAAUAUCAGUAAUAUAGCGGUACUACUCUAUAAAAGUGGCUGCUGUACUGUGUUUAAUAUAUCUUGUAUGAAGCAGAACCUCCAGCCUCAACAUUCAGCAGGGCCAGUUUUACUUACUCUUCCAUUUUUAUUGUGGAAGCAGUUUUUUCCCAGUGGCCUCAAAAUGGAGCAACAUUCACCGUCUUUAGAAAAGCUGUACUGUGAGAGCCUUGGUACCCCUGAAUGUUAUCUCUAGGUCACAUCACAAACAUCUGUGGGAACAAUUCAGCAAAUCUUUGUACUGCAUUUAUUUAUAUAUUUAUUUAUUUAUUUAUUUGAUUUCUAUACUGCCUCAUUAGUUCAAGCACUAUACUGGGCAGUUGCACAAGAUUAAAAUAUACAAGCUUAAAAUAAUACCCCAUCCCCCCCCCAAAAGAAAACACCAUUCAAAAACAACACGGCCACACCAAAAAUUAUAAUUAUAGCCAUAAAUACGAAUAACUUUAUAAAAAAUUGGAUUUUUUUAAAAAAA